AAUUGGUAGCUUCUUCACUGUGAGUGUUACCUGAGAAAUGGAUCGGAACUCGUUCUCCCCCCGAACCCGGAAAACCCGACCCAAAUCUGACAUAUACUCCACCGUCGUGGUCCAUGACGACGGCGACGACGACGCCGAUGCUGACCGGCGGCGGAAACCCGGAGUCACGGAAGUUCAGGACGAUCCAUACGCGACAAUGGUGUUCAAAGACAACGGCCACGACGACGACGAUGACGACGAAGAUUCCUCUCUUCCUCCGCUACUCAAGCGCCUUCCCAAGGACUUCGGCGGCGGAGCAGGGCUGGACUAUGAGGACGACGACGAAGACGAUUACUCCGGCGACUUCGGCACCAUGAUCGUGAAGACUGACCGGAGCCAGCAUCGCGAUCGGUCUUCUUCUUCUUCCGGAUUGGGUUCGCCGGCGGCGGGCUCGACCUGGAAAGCUCGGAGCUCUUCUAUUUUGAAUAAGUUCAGGGAAGGGGACGACGACGAACGCGACGGUGACGGCGGCGGCGAGUUUUCAACCUUCGUUGUGCGUUCGACUGUGAAAUCCGUCGAGAGAGAGUCAGUGAGUGGAACCAUGGUGCGGCGGACGGGAGGCGGCGGCGGCGGCGGUUCGACGAUGGAGAGGGCGGUGGCGAGUAUGCAGGCGGUUGGGGAGCCUGGAUUCGGGAAGCAGAGGAGGGCAAGUGGAUCCUCACAGAACGAGGAAGCGAAGCAUCAAUCGUUAACAGCCAAAGUUUCGUCGAGUUCGAUUCCUGAGAGUGUUACCAGAGAGGACCCUACCACCAAGUACGAAUUGCUCAAUGAACUUGGUAAGGGGUCCUAUGGAGCUGUUUACAAAGCAAGGGAUUUAAGAACCUCUGAAAUGGUUGCUAUCAAAGUCAUAUCAUUAUCUGAAGGGGAGGAGGGAUAUGAGGAAAUCCGGGGUGAGAUUGAGAUGUUACAACAGUGUAAUCAUCCGAAUGUUGUUCGUUAUCUUGGAAGCUAUCAUGGAGAAGAGUAUCUUUGGAUAGUGAUGGAAUACUGUGGUGGUGGUAGUGUUGCUGAUCUCAUGAACGUGAAUGAAGAACCACUGGAUGAAGUUCAAAUAGCAUAUAUCUGUAGAGAAGCAUUAAAGGGACUUGACUAUUUGCACUCGAUUUUUAAAGUUCAUAGAGACAUUAAAGGUGGGAAUAUCUUAUUAACGGAACAAGGAGAUGUCAAGCUAGGAGACUUUGGUGUUGCUGCCCAGCUUACAAGGACUAUGUCAAAGCGCAAUACGUUCAUUGGAACUCCUCAUUGGAUGGCUCCGGAAGUCAUUCAGGAAAGUCGCUAUGAUGGAAAGGUAGAUGUUUGGGCUCUUGGUGUGUCUGCAAUUGAAAUGGCCGAGGGUGCUCCUCCAAGAUCAUCAGUGCAUCCAAUGAGGGUUAUAUUCAUGAUAUCCAUCGAACCAGCUCCGAUGCUUGAGGAUAAAGAAAAAUGGUCUUUAUAUUUCCAUGAUUUUGUUGCAAAGUGCCUAACCAAAGAACCUCGACUCCGCCCUACUGCAUCUGAGAUGUUGAAGCACAAAUUCUUUGAAAAAUGGAAAUCUGGAUCUGCUGCAAUGUUGCCCAAACUAGAAAAGGCAAGGCAAAUCAGGGCUUCCAUGGCUUUGCAGGUGCAAACUCUUCCUCCAGCUGCAUCAGACGAUCAGCCAAUGUUAGCUUCAAAACUAAAUGACGAAUAUGGAGAUACUGUUCCAUCCAGACCUCAUAAUAUGAACGUUGUGGGGGCUGCUGAUCUUUCAUCACAUGGCACUAUGAGGAAGCUGCAGAAGGUGGAAGACGUUGACACAAGUGAAGGCAACUUUGGCACUGUAAUAGUCCAUGGAGAUGAAUUACGCAAGGCCACACAGGAUGCAGACUCUGCAUUUUUCUUACCUGCUCUCACCAGUGGCACAGGAGGCAGAUAUUCUGACCCUGGGGUCGAGCAUCUGAAAGUUGGUGACAUGAACACUGCGUCUUUUAGAGGAUCUAGUUCUACUACAGAUACCUUAAAUUCGUCUUUACCUUAUGCUAGUAAUUCAACUGAGGAAAACUUCAAAACAAAAGGUAGCCUUCGAGCACAAACUGGAAUUGGUAGUGGUAUGAGCACUAGCACAUUGAAGAAUGAAACAGUCAGCCGCAAAGCAUUUGCUUUACAAGAUAAGCUUUGGUCCAUUUAUGCUGCUGGUAAUACAGUACCCAUACCAUUCUUAAGGGCAACAGAUAUAUCACCUAUUGCGCUCCUUUCAGACAAUGUUCUUGGUGGCGUGCGACAGGAUACCAGUGGAACUGGAGCAAUAGAAGCAUUACAAGAGCUUUUUAGUGGUGAUGGACAGUCCAAAAAGAGUCGGAGAGGAAUUAAUGAGAUGCCACUUCCUCCAAGCAUUUACCAAAGAUUGACAUCGAGUUCUACUCUAAUGAACUUGGCACAGGCUUUAGCUUACCAUAAAAUGUGUUAUGAAGAUAUGCCAUUGCAAGAGCUGCAAGCAACCCAGGAACAGCGGACUAUCCAAAAUCUCUCAGACACACUUCGGACCAUUCUUCGAUUGUAGAUACAACUAGAUAGGUGAUUAUAUCUUAUUUACAUCCCAAAACCUUGUUGGUUGCAAAGAUCUUAAAACUGUAUCUUUUGCCAUGCCAUUUAUAUAAAAAUUCUUCAAAUCAACAAGGAGGUAGCAGUUGCGUUGUUUUGUUUUUACCUUUAGGUGUGUGGUCGUGACUGCUAGAAGAUUAGGAUUCAGUAAGCUGUAAUAUAUUUUGUGUACAUGUAAAUAAAUUGAUUGAUUAAUUACAACAUGAUAUUAGAAAUUAAGAA